CACCCUGGCAACGGGCGAGCGACUACUUCCGGCGCAAGGAGUGCUCUGCGCUGACGCGGGGUAACUCCUCCUGUGAAGUUGCUUUUGCAUGGAAGGAUGCUCUUUUCCUGAUAGAAGAUGAUAAUCUUGGAGAAUGACCAUGGAGAAGGGGAUGAGUUCUGGAGAAGGACUGCCUUCCAGAUCACCUCAGGCAUCUGCUGCUAAAGUAACAGUCAAGGAAUCAGAAACAAGGCAGCCCUGUGAGGAGAAACGAGGGGGCUUUGUGCUGGUGCAUGCAGGUGCAGGUUAUCAUUCGGAAUCCAAAGCCAAGGAAUAUAAACAUGUAUGCAAACGAGCCUGUCAGAAGGCAAUCGAGAAGCUACAGGCUGGUGCUCUUGCGACAGAUGCAGUGACCGCUGCUCUGGUGGAACUUGAGGAUUCUCCUUUUACAAAUGCAGGAAUGGGAUCUAAUCUAAAUCUCUUAGGAGAAAUUGAGUGUGAUGCCAGCAUAAUGGAUGGAAAAUCCUUAAAUUUUGGAGCAGUUGGAGCACUGAGUGGAAUCAAGAAUCCAGUUUCAGUUGCGAACAGACUCUUGUGUGAAGGGCAGAAGGGCAAGCUCUCUGCAGGCAGAAUUCCUCCCUGCUUUUUAGUUGGAGAAGGAGCCUACAGAUGGGCAGUGGAUCAUGGGAUACCCUCUUGCCCUCCUAGCAUCAUGACCACAAGAUUCAGCUUAGCUGCAUUUAAAAGGAACAAGAGGAAACUAGAACUGGCAGAAAAGGUGGAAACAGACUUCAUUCAGCUAAAGAAAAGAAGACAAUCAAGCGCAAAGGAAAACGACUCAGGCACUUUGGACACAGUGGGUGCUGUGGUCGUCGAUCAUGAAGGGAAUGUUGCUGCUGCUGUCUCCAGUGGAGGUUUGGCCUUGAAACAUCCAGGGAGAGUUGGGCAGGCUGCUCUUUAUGGAUGUGGCUGCUGGGCUGAAAAUACUGGAGCUCAUAACCCCUACUCCACAGCUGUGAGUACCUCAGGAUGUGGAGAGCAUCUUGUGCGCACCAUACUGGCUAGAGAAUGUUCACACGCUUUACAAGCUGAAGAUGCUCACCAAGCUCUGUUGGAGACUAUGCAAAACAAGUUUAUCAGUUCACCUUUCCUUGCCAGUGAAGAUGGCGUGCUCGGUGGAGUGAUUGUUCUCCGGUCAUGCAGAUGUUCCUCAGAGUCUGACUCCUCCCAAAAUAAGCAGACACUUCUAGUGGAAUUUCUGUGGAGCCACACUACAGAGAGCAUGUGCGUGGGAUAUAUGUCAGCCCAGGAUGGAAAAGCCAAGACUCACAUUUCAAGACUCCCUCCUGGUGCUGUGGCAGGACAGUCAGUUGCAAUCGAGGGCGGGGUGUGCCGCCUGGAGAGCCCAGUGGACUGACUCUGGGCUGAAUACGAGGUGUCUGAGAGGCAUUUCAAAACCUGAGCUUUGGGCUAUUUAAUUGAAGUUGGGUGUUUUAUCUUGCUUGUUUUGUAAAUCCUAUUGCAACCUCGGGCACUGCUUGGGACACAAGUGCUGCUAUACUUAGUGCUGGUUGACACUCGAGUCUUUGAUGGGUGAGCGGGAGCAUGUGUGGGUGUAUAUCCGUGUGCAGUUUGUGUGCUUGCUUCUCCCUGAUGGGGUAGGAUCUCCUCAAGUGUAACCUAUGACUGAGAAUGAUCAAAUCCUUACAAAAUGUGUGCUUUAACUGUUUACAAGUAAAACCUAAAAUUGUAGAAAACUUUAAUUUCCUAAAAAGGUACCGACUAUGGUUGAUACAAUGUGUCUGAACUGAAGAGUGAAUCUGCUUGUUUAAUGACUUGACCUUCAUUGUGGUCCUUUUAAUAACAGUAAUCAGUAAUAUGGUGUCAGUUUAAGUGGAUGGUGUGGUAACUUAAACUGUUGUUCUCAUCCCUCAUACAGGGCAUUUUUCCUUGAACAAAGAAUGGUUUCAGUGAAACAGUCUAGUGGAGAACUAAGGUCAGAACCUUUUAAAGUAAUAGUCUUAUUGAUAAAGUUUGUACUUCUCUCCUGAGCUAUUUGAAGCUUAAGUAUUGCAUAGCUUUGCGCCGUGUGUACUAUAUUAUGAAAGAAUAUGUAAAGAGAGUGUUCAGUAAUGCACAGUCUUAAUUUGUGUAUAAUGGAAUGUUAUUUACAAUGUAACACUGUAAAUAAGAAAGCAAAGUUUAUGGGAAAAUUCAAUAUUAUCUUUGUUUCUCGUUUAAAUAUAUUUUUAAGAUAAAGGUACAAGAAUAAAAAGCAUAUUACUGGUUAUAAUGUG